AUGGCCUCCUCAGAGCGUGUGGACGUGGUCAUUGACAGGUCACUGGCAUUUGUCCACUCGGUCAUCAUCAGGCGGCAGCUGCUCUUUCGGAACAUUGAUCGACUGCAUCUGGGCGAAAUGCCAAUCGAUGAUGAACAACAACAACCUGCUCCCAUCGCAAACGACUGUGUCUUGGAUACAUUCUACCAGGCGAUUCGAUCCAAUGGCAUCAAGGUUCGCCAUCUCUCCAUUCAAGGUGUCCGAUGGCGUUGCUCAUUGAUCGGUCCAGACACAUUCAAACACGUCACCAAGCUAUCGCUGUGUGGCCGCCAGGAGUUCCUCGAGUUGGUCGCACAUAUGCCGUCACUCCACUCCAUCAAGCUUCACACAAUGUCCGACAUAAGCAUCUGCGAAUGGACUCAUUCGGGACAUGCUUGUCUUGAGCAUCCAAACGAUCCCUUGCUUGAGCUCGUCAGCAGACACAGCAACAUCACAUCUUUGACCGCGACUGUCGGUAUAUAUCCCCCGGUCGAAGAUCCCGAUGAUAUCCACCACUACCCUCCAUUCUACACAGCGGACCACAUCGCCAAUGCCAUCCUUGACAAGGCCAAUGUCACCAAGCUGACGCUCAACUCUCCAAUCACCGAGGUGUCACUCUUUAACUCAUUGUUGGCAACACAGCGAUUCAUACAUCUUGACAUUCCAAUGCUGGAUACCAACGAGACCGGCAGCAACAGCUGCCAAACAGUGGCGCUGAUCGAGCAUCUUUGUUUGCCAUCCUGCCCACUUGUCUCUUUGUCAAUGAGGGUGGCGAAACCGCCACUGGAUCCCAUCGACUUGCUCCCUCCAGAACAUCCUGUCGAUCUCCAGCUGAUGUACAGCGAGCUGGACAGACUGCCUCGACUGCUGCCACCUGACUCUGCCCUCCGUGCAUUGACCCUGGACAACCUGUUGGACGCGUACAGCACAGAUCUGUUCGUCUUGAUGCGACGCAAUCGCACCAUCACACAUUUGACAUUCGCCAACCUCUCCAUCGACACUGAGAAGCUGGAGUGCCUCAGCAACGUGUUGCUGGCGACCAACGAAACAGGUCUCCGUCGUCUGACGCUCAUUGCCAAUCGCCUUGAUACCGAACAGCCAGUGUUUAUGCAAGCGCUACGCAUCAACACCACGCUCACUCGCUUGGAUAUUGUCAAUGACAACAUCGACAUUGAUGAGGACAUCCAAUCCAAGCUGGACAUCAUGCUCCCGGUGGAAUAA